CGAAAACCUCUAAAUUAUAGUAAUUAUUGAAAACUUGUUCAUUCUAUUAAAUUUUGCCCAGUUUUUAAGCGGGUUCUUCAUGUAGUCAUAAUUCAUAGUGCUUGCUCCAUAUGUAGUCAUAAAGAAUUUACAAGUAUUAAUUCUAAGAAUACAUAUACUCCUGAUCCCAUUCUGACCUUGAUAUGUGGAAUUGAUUUGCUCCAUAUGUGCUGAGAUUAUUCGGGUGACAUGGUCCAAGCCCAAUAAUUAUAUUAUUUAGGGAAAUUUACAUGGUAUACUAACUUUUGCCAUUUUCUUACAAAAAUACUGUCAGGCGGUAUUUUUUACUUUUUUACUGUAUUUUUCUAUAAGUUUCAUACUGCAGUAUACUGUGUUAAGUUUUCACUGGUGUUCUACUGGUGUUUUACUGGUGUUCUACUGUUGUUUUGAGUUGUUCUACUUUGUGUUUUACUGGUGUUUUAUAAAAACACAGUAUUUUUGAAAAAAUUUCCGUGUGACAGUAUUUUUGUAAAAAUUAACCGAAAUUCUAGUAUUUUUGUAAGUUUCCCUAUUAUUUAUUUGUAUAUAUAUUUUUAUGUGGAUUCUGAAAUUGGGUCAUCAGUGUUACUUGAAAGUAAACAUACACAAUAAAAAUACUUUUGUAAUUAUUACAAUAAUUUUGUAGGAAUUUUUGCCAAAAUAAAUAAGUAAAUCUAAGGAUAAACUUUUAAAAAGAUAAUAGUUUGGGAGGGAAAAACAUUAUUUAUCCUUUAGAAAAUCAUUAUAAUAAUAAUGUAAGCUUGAUUUGGUUAUACUUGAUACUCAAAAUAGGUAUUUAAUCCAUUUUUUUUUUAUGGAGCUAAUAAAAUGUAAUCCAGCUUGGACUCUCAAAUGAUAAGCUAUGGUCAGUAAGAAAAGUGGAGUUUGUUAAGGUGAAUAAUUGAGAACCACUAACUUAUAAUUAACAUUAUUUUUGUUAAACCUUUGGAGUAAUAUAAGUCACUGGAUUUGCAUUAUCUUUAACUUUUUUUUUUUGAGCCAAUGUAAAUCUUGUUUUUUAGUUUGAAAGAAGUUUAUUUAUCAAUAAUCUAUUUUUUCUUGUAAUAAUUAUUAGAGCUCAUAUAUUUGUUCCUCCAGAAGGAUUUAUUGAAAUUCUCUCAAACUUUUGUAAUAUAAUUUAUAAGUAGGCACUUUAUAUUGAAAUGCUAAUUAAUAAAAACAAAUUAAUUUUAAAAUUUUUAUAUUAUCUCAAAUUGUGUGUUCGUGUUUCUAACAAAGAUAAGAAAAAAACGAAGAAAGAUUAUUUACAUGUCAUUAAUUGUGACACUAUUGAGAUAUGGAACAAACAGUUUCAAAAAGCUAACGAAUCCAAAAGUCUUAUGAUUAUUAAUUUCACAGCUUCAUGGUGUGGACCAUGUCGUCGCAUUAAUCCAUUCUAUAGAGAAUUGGCUAAGAAAUUUCCCAAUGUCAUAUUUCUCGAGGUUGAUGUCGAUGAAUUGAUGUCGGUUGCUGAGGAUUGGACAGUGGAAGCAAUGCCCACAUUCUUAUUUUUGAAAGAAGGAAAUAUAGUGGACAAGAUGGUUGGAUCAAGGGAAGAAGAACUUCACCACAUUAUUCAAAGCAACAUUUCCACUUCAGCUGAACCAUCCUCAUCAUCACACAUAAUAUAAUCUAAUAUUUUUUUUGAUUGUUUUUAUUUAAGCGUUUAUAUAUUACACAAGAUAUAAUUUGGGACUCGAACUCAGAAUUUCUAACACACACUCUCUUAUGACCACUUGAACUAGCCUCAAGUGGUUAUAAUAUAAUCUAAUAUAGUUGUACUUGUAUAUAUAUAUAUAUGUAUACAUUUAUAUUUAUGGGUGACUAUUCAAUGGUUACAUUUUUAUUGUAACCAUAUGGUUACAUUUUUCUUUAACCUGUAAUAGCAGGUUACUAAUAGGUAGACUAUCCUUUUUUAGAUUUGAUUAAUUAUAAUUAAUUAUUUUCUUAAAAUAAUUAAUUAAAUAGUAGACAUUCCUUUUUUAGAAUUAUUUAAUUAUAAUUAACUAUUUUCUUAAAAUAAUUAAUUAAAUAUUUAACAAGACCUCUUUUAGCAAUUAAUAUUUAUAUUUAAAUCCUUACUUGAAUUAUUUUAAUAAUUAAGCCAUUUAAUUAUAAUAUUUACAAUAAACUUUAUUUUUUUUUACAAAAAUUAAACUUCUUUUGACACAAAUUAAAAUUCUCUUCUUAUAAUAAAUUUUCAAAUAAUUAAUUAUUUUUAAAUGAUAUUUAAUUAUUUUGUUACAAUUAUAUGAACUAAGUAUGAUGCCUCAAGCUAAUCAAUCAAUAACAAGUGCAUCCAUUUUUUUUCUAAAAAAUCCUUCAACUUAUUUCAUUUUUUACUUUUUAAAUAUUUAAAUAAAAAAAUUAAAUAAUUAAGUGUAAUAAUU